UCUUAUCUGCCAAUUUGUUUUUCAAAUUGUAUAAACUACAUAAUAGAUGCCUGAAGAAAAAGUACAUGAGUCAGGCAAAUGAUUUAGCUGCUCGUAUAAUCAGCAUGGUACUUAUCUAAUCUCACAGAAUAUUUAGCGAAAUGGUUAUUUUGAACACAUCGUUCUGUGUUUUUCGAUUCGCGGGUAAAAAUUGCAGUGAAAGUGCGAUCACUAUUUAGAGAACAAUGAGAAAAAGAACAAGUUGUAAAAUAAAACCGAAAUAAAAAAAUUAAAAAUCUAAUAAUUACAAAAUUAUUGUGUAUCGUAUGAUAAAAUUCGCAAUCUUGAAUUAUUUGUGUUAUGCAAUAUAGAUCAGUUUGUAUUGAAAUAGACAGAGUGUCUUUAAAAAUUAACAAGAAAAGAAAUUCAAGUUUCGGUAUACUGUUUUUUCUGUAUAACACAUAACGUUCUCUUUAAGCAUGACGCGUAACAUAGAUUGGAAUGAAUUGAUUGUCGAUAAUCAGUGUAUUGGAUCAGGUACUUUCGGUGAUGUAUACAAGGCGACAUGGAACUCAAAUAAUGGUCAAAUAACUGUCGUGAUUAAACAAUUUUAUCGUAACUCAACUGACGACAAAAAUAAAAAAGAAGUCGACAUGCUAUCGCUGGUCAAUCAUGAUAAUAUUGUAAAGUUAAUAGGUACUACAAAAGAUGAGAAGGAAAGAACGGCCAUUGUAAUGGAAUACGCAGAGUGGGGCUCUCUUCAUAGCUUCCUGCACGAUGAGGAAAAUAAGAACAUCAUUUUACCACAUUCACUGCGUAUUAGCUGGAUGCUGCAAUGUGCGGAGGCCAUUAAAUACCUUCAUGAACUCAGUCCGACAAUUCUUCAUCGUGAUCUAAAACCAAGAAAUCUACUGCUUUUUAAUAAUUGUCGAACAUUGAAAAUAUGUGAUUUUGGCACAGUUAAGGAGCUGGAAACCAGUAUGUCUUAUGCUGGUACUGUUUGUUAUAUGGCACCAGAAGUCGCUAGCACCCACUCAUACACCGAAAAAUGUGACGUAUAUAGUUUUGGUAUUACAUUUUGGGAAGUAAUGUCAAGAAAGAAACCAUUCUACCACUUGGAAGUAAGUGUUGAAAUAGCCAUUCAAUUUCAAGCUGCCACAAAAGGAAUUCGACCACAUUUAGAUGACAUCCGGAAUAUUCCAGAAUACGAGCAGAUAAUAGAACUUAUAGUACUCUGUUGGAAUGGAGAUGCAGCUAAACGACCGACAAUGCAAGAAAUAAUAAGUAAUAUUAAUAAUUUGUACCCAAUUUUGGAUGUGGAAGAGCCUAACUUAAGUCUGAAAAUACCAGACAAAAAUGAAGUUAUCAGAUUGAUUGAUGAAGAUAUGAAUGCAAUUCAGAAAAAUGAAUGGACAAAUAUUACUAUAGUAGAAAAGCUCAUUUGGUAUGGUGGCUUUGGAGAAGUGUAUAAGGCUCUCUGGAAAACUGAGAAGGGACCAAAGAUAAUUGCAGUUAAAAUAUAUAGACCUACUUAUUCGAUCAACUCAGAAAAAUUAAAAAUUUAUAGUUUACAACUAAAGCAUGAGCAUAUUCAAAAAUUAUAUUGUCUAUCCUUUGAUGACAAUAAUCGACCUAUCGAACUUAUGGAGUAUGCCGAUUGCGGAACUCUCGAUAGUGCUGUGCAUGAUUGUACAGUGAAUAUUGUUAAUAAUGCAUAUGAAAUGUUUUCUUUAAUGUGGAUGUUGCAUUGCGCGAAGGGUCUCAAAUUUCUGCAUGAUCAAAACGUUAUUCAUCGGGAUAUAACUACAAGGAAUCUGCUUCUUUUUAACAAUUAUCAAACCCUAAAGAUUGCACUAUCUGAAACAGUGAGGACAGAGGGUACAUCAAUAACAAAAAUGGUUGGAAAUUUAAUAUAUAUGGCUCCAGAAUUAAUCAGAGGGAUGGAAUACACCAAAAAGUGCGAUAUCUAUAGCUUCGGGAUAAUGCUGUGGGAGGUGAUGUCACGAAAGAAACCAUUCUACCACUUAGAAUUAAGUGAAGAAGUGGCAAUUCCAUUUUUAGCUGCCACAAAAGGAACUCGACCACAUUUAGAUGACAUCCGGAAUAUUCCAGAAUACGAGCAGAUAAUAGAACUUAUAGUACUCUGUUGGAAUGGAGAUGCAGAUAAACGACCGACAAUGCAAGAAAUAAUAAGUAAUAUUAAUAAUUUGUACCCAAUUAUGGAUGUGGAAGAGCCUAACUUAAGUCUGAAAAUACCAGACAAAAAUGAAGUUAUCAUAUUGAUUGAUGAAGAUAUGAAUGCAAUUCAGAAAAAUGAAUGGACAAAUAUUACUAUAGAAGAGCUCAUUUCUUAUGGUGCCUUUGGAGAUGUAUAUAAGGCUCUCUGGAAAACUGAGAAGGGACCAAAGAUAAUUGCAGUUAAAAGAUAUUGACAUCAUUAUUCGAUCAACUCAGAAAAAUUAAAAAUUUAUAGUUUACAACUAAAGCAUGAGCAUAUUCAAAAAUUAUAUUGUCUAUCCUUUGAUGACAAUAAUCGACCUAUCGAACUUAUGGAGUAUGCCGAUUGCGGAACUCUCGAUAGUGCUGUGCAUGAUUGUACAGUGAAUAGUGUUAAUAAUGCAUAUGAAAUGUUUUCUUUAAUGUGGAUGUUGCAUUGCGCGAAGGGUCUCAAAUUUCUGCAUGAUCAAAACGUUAUUCAUCGGGAUAUAACUACAAGGAAUCUGCUUCUUU